GGGGACGCACAGCAGCCCUGACUCCGUUUCCGGAGCGCUUUGGUCCUUGGAUCUGACAGACCUCGCAGCGGGCCGGCCCCGGGAUGACGAACCGGACGACUGCCGAGCAGGCCCAGACGCCGGCGUCGGAGGCCCCGUGGGAGCGGCCCUGGUCGGUGGAAGAGAUCCGCAGGAGCAGCCAGAGCUGGUCGCUGGCGGCCGACGCGGGCCUCCUGCAGUUUCUCCAGGAAUUCUCCCAGCAGACCAUCUCUAGGACGCAUGAAAUCAAGAAGCAGGUGGACGGGCUCAUCCGGGAAACCAAAGCCACAGACUGUCGCCUGCACAACGUCUUCAAUGACUUCCUUAUGCUGUCUAACACCCAGUUCAUCGAAAAUCGUGUGUACGAUGAAGAAGUGGAGGAGCCGGUAGUCAAGGCUGAGACUGAAAAGGCAGAGCAGGAAAAGACUCGGGAACAGAAGGAAAUUGACCUGAUUCCUAAAGUCCAAGAGGCUGUGAACUAUGGGCUACAAGUCCUGGACAGUGCCUUCGAGCAACUGGACAUCAAAGCUGGGAAUUCUGACUCUGAGGAAGACGACGCUAACGAGCGGGUGGAGCUGAUCCUUGAACCGAAGGACCUGUAUGUAGAUCGACCUCUGCCUUACCUGAUUGGCUCGAAGCUGUUCAUGGAGCAGGAGGAUGUGGGGCUGGGGGAGCUGUCCAGUGAAGAAGGCUCUGUGGGCAGCGAUCGUGGCAGUCUUGUGGACAGUGAGGAAGAGAAGGAAGAGGAGGAGUCAGAUGAAGAGUUUGCCAAUCACAGUGACAAUGACGCAAACCGGCACGCAGCGCAGCUGAGUGAGGAAGAAGAGGAUGAUGAUGGCUGUGACCUGUUUGCUGACUCUGAGAAGGAGGACGAUAUGGAAGAUGUUGCUGAGACCACCAAACCCAAAAGGCCCACGUCAUUUGCUGAUGAGCUGGCGGCACGAAUCAAAGGGGAGGCUCCAGGCCGACCGGAAGAGGAGCAGACAGAUGAAGACGAGAAUAUGUUUGCACCUCCUAAGCUGACCGACGAAGACUUCUCGCCCUUCGCUUCCAGAGGGGGCCUGUUCAGCGGCGGGCAGGGACUGUUUGAUGACGAGGACGAUGAGAGCGACCUCUUCAAGGAUGCCCCGCGGGAUCGGCCAACCAGAACACCCGUACGAGAAGAACCUUCAUCCUCCAAACCUGCAAAGAAAAUCCCAGCAGGAGGAGUCUCUGUGUUUUUAGCCACAGGGGACACCGAUGUGUUUGGGGUCACCUCUGCACCCUCCCGGAAGGAGCCCCAGAAACCCGAGCAGCCCCCUCCCGGGAAGAGCCCCCACCUCCCAGCUCCAGCUGGACUCUUUGCAGCUGACGACGAUGAUGACAACGAUGACCUUUUUGCAGCAUCCCACAGCAAACCUUCCCUGUCAGGCCAGGUCAGGUCCACCGCGGACAUGUUUGACGACGAGGAGGGAGACCUGUUCAAAGAGAAGGCAGCUUUGCCAGGAGACACUGUGAACCAGACAGAUGAAAAGAAAGCCAGGGCCCAAAAACAGGCAACCCUACCUUCCAACAAAAAUCUCCAGGUUAAGUCGGAAACGAAGACCCACAAAGGUUUGUUUUCCGAUGAGGAGGACUCUGAGGAUUUGUUUUCUUCUCAAAACAUGAGCAAGUCAAAAGGUGCAUCUCUGCCGCCUAGCAAGCUGCCACCAUCGGUCUCCCUUUUCGAUGAUGAAGAUGAAGAUGAUAACCUUUUUGGGGCUACAGCUGCUAAGAAGCAGACAUCAUCCCUGCCGACUCAGAGUCAGGAGAAGGCAAAGUCCUCGCUGCCCUCCACGAAGAAAGCGCCUGCCUUACUGUUCAGCAGUGACGAGGAGGACCAGUGGACUAUAUCUGAGCCCAAGAUAAACCCAACAUCUGAUAGCAUGUCCAGAGGGGAAGACUCCAGGCCUGUCUUGAGCAAGGGGGCCAAAGCUGUGGAAAAAACCAGUCUCUUUGAGGAGGACGAUGAAGAUGACCUCUUUGCUAUUGCCAAGGACAGCCAGAAGAAGACCCAAAGAGUGUCACUCUUGUUUGAAGAUGACGUGGACAGCGGAGGCUCCCUGUUUGGCUCGCCUCCCAUGCCUGUGCCUUCUGCAGCCACGAAAAAAGAAUCCGUUCCUCAGGACUCCCCUUUGCUGCUCAGCAAUGAGGCAGAGAAAAAGGUGGGCCUGGGCGAGCCCGUGGCGCCGCAGGCUGAGAGCACGAAGGACGUCUCGGGAUUUGGGAGCAGUGAUGCUGCUGAGAAGUCGGAACAGGAAACACUUGUGACUGUGCCUACUCAGGACGCAGCCCAACACUCAGAUUUAUUUUCUUCAUCAUCCCUAUCGGACAGAGGAACCAAAGGUAGAACCAAGACUGUCCUAAGCUUGUUUGAUGAGGAAGAGGAUAAACCGGAAGAGCAAAACAACACCCAGGCUCUGCAGAAAGAAGUGGCAAAGGGUGUUGACGCCCAAAUCCGGCCCAAGAGCACAGGUGUCUUCCAGGAUGAAGAGCUGCUUUUCAGCCACAAACUCCAAAAGGACAACGACCCGGAUGUUGACCUUUUCGCUGGCACCACGAAGAAAUCCAAGUCCUUAGAGCCUCGCACUGGGAGCCUGUUUGGAGACGAUGAAGAUGAUGAUCUUUUCGGCUCUGCCAAGUCCCCUCCCUUGGUACCAGAAAAAAAGAAGGUAGUGAAAAAAGACCAGUCUGUUUCCUCUGGGAAGAACCAAAAUUACCCCGACUCCACUCCAGGAAGCAAGGAAGACAGCCUGUGGACCCUGGAAACCCCUCAGGACUCUGCAGGUCCCGCUGCAUUUAAAACCAAAGAGCCAUCCACUCGCAUCGGGAAAAUACAAGCACAUCUAGCAGUUAACCCCGCAGCCUUGCUGCCUGGAGCGGCUCCACAGAUUCCUGGAGUGAAGUCUGUUCUGCCAGAAUUGGCAUUCUCAACAUCUGAAGCUGCCAGGAGCCGCAGGCUGGAGCAUGUGAGCCCGGAUGCUGGGAGUGGAGAGGUCGGUGUGAGCUUCGAUUUCCCAGCGCAGGCGGACACCUUACACAGCGCAAACAAGGGCCGGGUCAAAGUGAGAGGGAAGCGCAGGCCGCAGACCCGUGCUGCCAGGCGACUGGCUGCUCAGGAGUCCAGUGAGGCCGAGGACACGAGUGUCCCCAGGGGACCCACUGCACAAGUGGCAGAUGGUGCCGUCUCGCCCAGUGGCUGGCAGCCAUGGCACCGAGCAGCCCAUGGAGAAGAUGGCUCUGGAGAGCCCCUGGCUGCUGCCUCUCCACCUUGGGAAGGCAGGCCAAGGCCCGGGGUGGACAAAAGCCCCUUUGCCAAGUCUCUGGGCCAGCCCAGCGGUGAGGCUGAUCUCUUUGAUUCUGAAGACAUCUUCACCCAGGGCCCUGAAAUUCAGUCCAUGGAGAGAACAAGGGCCAAGGUCAAAGCAGCAGAGAGCCCGGGCCAGCUGGCAGGGGCAAGGAAGGAGAGCGCCCCCCUGUUCCCUCCUCUGGGCGACGCCGGCAGCGAUGAGCUCUUCCAGCCCGUGAAGUCCAAACCAGCCAAGAAAGCAGCUCCCUUCCCUCUCCUGGAAGACGAGGAUGAUCUGUUUGCAGACCAGAAAGGCAAGAAGCAUGCUUCAAAAUCCAGCGGCCAUCAGGAUGUCCUGCCAAAAACACAAGAUAUUUUUGAGGAUGACAUAUUUGCUACAGAAGCAACUAAACCAUUACAAAAAACAAAAGAGAAGGAAAGAACAUUAGAGUCCAACUUAUUUGAUGAUAACAUUGAUAUCUUUGCUGACCUGACCGUAAAACCGAAAGAAAAGCCCAGAAAGAAAGUGGAAGCUAAGUCCAUCUUUGAUGAUGACAUGGAUGAUAUCUUCUCCUCCAGCACCCAGACGAAGACAACCAAACCUAAAAGCCGACCUGCACAGGCAGCACCUGAACCAAAAUCUGAUCACAAGGUGUCCAACAUAUUUGAAGAUCCCCUGAAUGCCUUUGGAGGUCAGUAGAACACAGGAAGAAUCCACCGUGCUCCUGCGGGCUAUGACCUUGAGUUAGCAAUUCUGCCUUCUGCGCUGUCACAACUGGAUUGCAAAAAGCAAAUACCGCAAUAACUGGCUCUCCAUGUACUUAAUGUUUUCUGUACUGACUUUAACUAUGCUUACUACUAGAAAGAAAAAUGUCUCACAA